AUGUCGAGUCCAGCAGUGGGAUCGGAUGCGUGGAAGGCCCAAGACAAAGGGCCAACAAUCGUCGUUGUCUGCUGGAUAGUGACCGCCGUCAGCACCUUAUUCGUUCUCGGCCGAGUCUAUGUCAGGGGAAGAAUCAUGAGAAAGUUCCACAGCGAUGACUGGUUCAUUAUUCUAGGGCAGAUUUGCGGUUACAUCUCAACGGCUCUCUCGACGGUCGCAGUAUCCUACGGAAACGGGAGGCACAUGACACUGCUAUCGACCGAACAGCAGCAAGGCGCCAUACUCUGGACCACGGCCGCCUUCUGUCCUGGAAUCAUGUCUUUCGGUCUUCCCAAGAUGGCCGUCGUCUCUCUGCUGACGCGCCUGAUGAAUCCCGGCAAGUAUCACAAGUGGUUCCUGUGGUGGAUGGCGAUCUGGUGUCAGUUGACGUUAUUCGUCACGGCUGGGCUGCUACUUGGCCGCUGCAUGCCAGCCAGGUCGCUGUGGGACUUCUCUGUUCCGGGAACGUGCUUCGACGUGAGCAUUUUGGUGAACUUUUGCAUUUACGCUGGAGCAUUCUCUGCCUUCGUCGACGUCUACCUCGCUGUAUACCCGGCCAUCGUGCUUUUCAGCCUCCAGAUGUCUACCAAGAAGAAGAUUGCCCUGUCUUGUGCCCUUGGCAUUGGUUCAGUUUCUGGUGUUGUGGCCAUCUACAAGACGACCCGUAUCCCCUCUCUCGGAAGCAAGGACUUUUCCUACGAUACUUCUGAUCUAGUGGUUUGGACAGUUAUCGAGGGAAGCACCAUCAUCAUCGCAAGCUCGAUCCCCGUCAUGCAGCCACUCCUUGAGCUCAUCUUACGACGCAACCCCUUCAGCUCCGGCAAGGGAACCAAGCCCACGCCACAAUACUACGAGAACUACGGCUCGCAGAGCAAGUCCAAGUCGCGCGGAGGGACGAUCGAACUCGGCCAACGCAAACCCAAAUCCAAGCCUAAAGACGACCUUGGCUUUACCAUCAUCGACGACGGUGACAGCCAGGAGAACAUUUUCAAGCCAGCGGCAGACCACCAAACGUCUGCGGCGUCGGGAUCCCCAACACCCACGUCGAACCACAGCGACUCGAGUCACCGCGCCCCCGAUGGGAAGAUUGUCCGAACCGAUUUCCCCAGGCCGUACGUCGCGACGAUGUCGGACCCGUUAUCUACCGCCGGGAGCGUGGUAGGCAUUAUUUCGCUGGGCAUUCAAGUCACGCAGUCAUUGUAUGACUACUACAGUGCAUUCAAAUCGCAGCCUUCUGACGUGAGCCACACGUUGCAGAAGCUUCAAAGCCUGCAGACCGCGCUUCAGCAACUCUCAUCUCAACUUACCGACCGAAGUCCUCCACCUGGGGACUCGGAGUUGGCACAAAACAUCGAGACUACUGUCAGACAGUGUGAAGAAUGCAUCGAAGAAUUGGAAGAAGAGGUGAAGAAAUUCCAAAAGACCAAGACCGACAGCAUCACGUCGAACCUCAAAGCCACAGGCCGACGCUUAGCGUAUCCCUUCCGGCAGAGUACGCUGCAUAAGCUGGACGAAGACAUCGAUGACCUCGUCAGUCGCUUGUCCUUUGCUCUGUCGUUACUCCAGCAGAAGACCGUCGAUCACAUACAGGAUGAUGUUCAAGAUAUGAGAGCAAUCCUCGACCUCAUUCGGGCACAACAAGUGUCCGACGAAAUUCAAGACUGGUUGAACGCGCCGGACGCCUCCGUCAACUUCAACGAAAAUCACAAGAAGAAGCAUCCAGGAACCGGGCUGUGGUUGGUCAAGGGGCCUAAUUUUGCCACAUGGCUAGACAAGCAGAACUCGUUCCUGUGGCUCAAAGGGUUCGCUGGGUGCGGCAAGUCGGUUCUGUGCUCAACUGCAAUUCAACACACCAUGCGCCGGCGUGGGUUUGACUCUUCAUCUCGGGUUGGUGUCGCCUUCUUCUUCUUCACUUUCAACGACAACACCAAGCAGAGCACAUCAGCUAUGCUACGUGCUCUCAUACUGCAGCUAUCUGGCCAAGUCAAGGAUUCGCCCAUCGCUCUAACUCAAUUGCACAAGCAAAACAAGCGCACUGCCCCUACAGACUCGAGUCUUCUUGACUGUCUUCGUCAAAUCUUGUCGACAUUCCAAGAUGUCUACAUACUACUCGAUGCUCUAGAUGAGAGUCCUCGAGGGACCCAUCGAGAAGCCGUGCUUGAUGCACUGGCGGGAAUGAGAGGUUGGACAGGUACUCAUUUGCACCUGCUCGUAACAAGUCGGGACGAAGUCGACAUAAGGGAUGCACUUCAAGCAACCGAUGAAGAGUCCGUUUCGUUACAAAGCGAGGGAAUAGACCGAGACAUUGCCGACUUCGUCUCGCAGCACCUGCGAGAUAAUCGUCGUCUUCACAAGUGGAGAGACUCAUACGAUGAAAUCGAAGAUGUCUUAACUCAAAAAGCCAAGGGAGUAUUUCGAUGGGUGGAAUGCCAGUUCAGAGAUCUUGCCUCUUGCCCAAAGAGUCCGAGUCUCCUCACCAAGCUGCUUCACUCACUACCCCAGACGCUGGACGGGACAUACGAACGCAUGAUUCAAAAUAUCCCGCCCAUCUCGAGAGACUAUGCCCGCCAGAUGUUGACGGUUCUCUGUUGCGCUACAAGGCCUCUGACAGUUCCGGAACUCAUCGAUGCGCUUGCAGUCGACUUGAGUGGUACGCCCAAGUUUGACGCUAGGCGUAAACUCACAGACCUUGACGGCCUCCAGGAGGUUUGUCCAGGCUUCAUUGAGAUUGAUCUCAAUAAGGUCACAGGAUCGAUCACAGUGCGCCUCGCUCACUUCUCUGUUCAAGAAUAUCUCGAAUCUGGUAGAAUCCUCGAAGAUGGUCUUGCAGCACCGUUCAUUAUACGGAGAAACCACGGGCAUGGAACCAUAGCAUCUAUUUGUUUGACGCUUCUUGUACACCCUCAACUGUGGUGUUUAAGUCCGGACGACGCCCGAACCGAGUUUCCACUUGCUCAGUACGCAGCAAAGGAGUGGCUGUAUCACUACACCAAAAGCACCAAGACGGAGCGUCUUGAUGCUCAAACUGUUCAGCUGAUGGCCGGUGGGGAUGAGCCAUUCAAUAGCUGGGUUCACAUAUGGAAUGUGCUUGAUACUGAGGGAAAAGUUCGCCGGGCCAACAUUCCUACCGCAUUAUACUAUGCCUCUCGGUAUGGCAUCCAACCCGUAGUGGAGUAUCUUUGCAGACCCCAAAAUCUGGGCCUCAACGACAUGCUGAACGCCCAAUACGGGGAGUAUGAGACGCCACUACAAGCAGCAGCCGCGUAUGGCCACACAGAGGCGGUCCAACUACUGCUGCAGAACGGCGCCAAUGCGAGAGCAACACAUUGCUAUGAUGACCUAUUGAGCAGUCCACUUUAUGCAGCCGCAAGAUUUGGGUCUUGCGAGAUUGUGGAAAUGCUGGUCAAUGGAGGCGCCAACAUUGAUGCUAUGAUCGAUACAGGAUAUUCGUUCACUACAGCCCUCUACGAAGCUGCGAAAUUUGGCCACUCCGUCCUCGUGCGAUGGUUGCUAGACAAGGGUGCCAAGACAGACGACAUUGCAAGCGACUCUGCUGCUCUAUUGGGAGCCGACGUCAACAUGACAUGCGGUGGAGUAGGGUCUGCCCUUCAAGUAGUCUGCGGCGACGGAGGACACGGCGAUCUCGCAGAGUUGCUCUUGAAACACAACGCCGACGUUAACCUCCAGAGUGGCUAUUACGAGACAGCGCUCAUCGCAGCGUCUGCUAAGGGCCAUGGGGAAAUGGUGGCAUUGUUGCUCAAGCAUGAAGCAGAUGUGGAUAUCUGCAGCGACGUCCACGGAACAGCCCUCACCGCAGCAAUCACAGGAUGCCACCUCGAUAUUGCGAAGACGCUACUCGAAAACAACGCUGAUGCGGACAUUCAAGGUAACAUGGCGGGUACUGCUUUACACGCAGCGGUUUCCGAGAAUUUCGUUGCUACCGCCAAAUUACUGAUUGAUCACGGCGCCGACGUCACCAUACAGAGAGGAUAUGAUGAUGCUACGGCACUCAGCUUGGCGAGCCACGCUCUGAUCCAAUGGGAGAACCCGCCGCCGGCAAACUACCCCGAGCCGAAUCAAGUCUACACCGAGGGACAGGACAUAGAACUACGAUGGAGCACGAGCUUCGCGACAGUGGAUAUCUCUGUCACCCAAGGAACGAGCGCGAACGAUCCGGCUGGGUACAUCUUCAAAGGCGUGACCUCGCCCAAAACGUGGAAAGUCAACUUCGCCCAGAUGGCAUCGUUUCUCGAUAGGAGCCUGACGGAAGUGUACUACUUCCGGAUGUACGAAGCCGGCGCGGGCGGCCUGGAUUUCGAGACGUCUCACUACUUCAACCUUACCGCGGCCGCGACUUCCGCGACGUCGACGCCCGCCUCUUCGCCGACGAGUUCACCUUCGUCCACCCCGACACCUUCGCCCGAUCCAAAUACGUUUAGCGGGGGUGCCGUUGCGGGAGUUGCGGUGGGGGCGGUGGCGGGGACCUUAAUCAUCGGUGGCAUCGUCGGUUGGGUGAUCUGGAGGCGUAGGCGAAAGGCGAGGUUGACGGCCGAGGUUCCGGUUCAAGGUCAGGAUAAGACUCCUCUGGCGGCAUCGCAUGAGCUGCUUGAUCAGAGCAGCCAACGCUUCGAGUUGAGCCAUGAACAGCGCUUUGAGUUGAACGACGAUGGAUCGAGAGGAGCAAGACACGAGAUGCCUUAG